AUGCCCUCCAUGCUCGACCUCUUCAAGCGGCACAAGACCCACUCCACUGAGCGUGCCCAGGCGCACGACGACGCGGACGACGUCGCACGCAGACUCGCGUCGUUCACGCUGAGAGGCGAUCCCGACGAGCAGCACAGGCGGCAUUCCGAUCAGAAUGCACGACCUGGCGGGUUUGUGGGUGGUUUCAGCCUGGCGGUGCCGGAUGACCGCGUUCCUCUCCCACCGCACGACGCGUCCGCAGACUCUGCGUGGACAGUGCAGUUCCCGGCACCCGCGCGCUACGGUCCACCACCCCCAGGUCCCCUCCCAAGACCUCCAGCAUUUUCUCCCAUGCCCGUUCCGCAACAUGCCCCACAGCCGAUGUCGAUGACAAUGCAGCAUGCCCUCGCGGCGCCGUUCGCGUCCCCCGAGCAUGCAUCCUCUGAGCAGCACCUUAGGCCUGCUAUUCCAGACGUGCCUACGCGUCCCUACUCCGAUCCUGCAGUUCCGACGCGUCAAGCGGCAUCAUCUUCUGCAGAAAGACCGCCCGCGCCUGUGCGUGUGCGUGCGGCGCAGCAUCUAAGGCCAUAUGCACCAGACAUAUCUGCACGUACGCAGUCUGACUUAGUGGUUUCGGUGCAUGACGGUGCGGUACCUUCAUCCUCUGCAGCAACACAAAGAUCAGUUCCAACGACCCCGAGGCGUCCCCCUGCAGUUCGAACACCCUCGUCUGCGCCAUCUAAACCUGUUUCCUCACGCGGUCCUCCUCAGCGUCCACCGCUGCAGAGUCCGAUUCAAAGGCGGCGCGCAGCGUCUUCUCCGCCUUCGUCAACGUCAACGUCUGUGUUGAACACGGUCCAGUGCAACGGCACAACGAAAGCCGACAAGCGCUGCAAGAAGAGAGUGAAGGUCUCUCCGGAUGCGGACACAGAACUAGAUCAAUACUUCUGCCAUAUCCAUAUGAAGGCAUUGUUGGAACCGAAAGAAAUCAUCUUAAGGACAAAGGACGGGGACCGAUACGUUAAGGUUGCGGAUUGGAUACCGGAAUACUUACAGCAUUCCACACAAGCUAACUUACGUUUAACGAUGGAGAAGCCGAUAUCCAAGGCUGACGUUCCGGGUUACAUAUACACGUUCGAGAUACGAGAUUCAGAGAAUACUGAGCAUAUUCAACUGAAAGUUGGACGUGCAGUUAAGCUCACGAAACGCAUCGACGAAUGGAGCAAGCAGUGCGGCUCGAAGCCGCAGGUUUUACGAGGAUACUGGCCUAGCGGUGUUGAUACGGAUGACGGUAGCCUCAUGAAAGGCCGCGUGCGUGUUGGCGAGAAGGGCAUGUGGUGCCAUCGGGUAGAGCGUCUCGUACACCUCGAACUAGCGGACUUGGCAGUGAACUCACCAUACCUUGAUGAUGACUUUCCAAAGACGAGGGCUCAGCCACAGGACACUCCUACGCGAGAGGCAAGUACACGGAAGAAGACUCCUUGUUCCGACUGCGAUAAGAUCCAUAGAGAGAUCUUCACCUUUGCCCGCUCAGAGCACAGUCGAUACCAUGGAAAGGAAUGGGAGUCUCUCGUCAGGCCAGUGAUUGAGAAAUGGGGUGGAUUCGUAGAAGCUUAUUUUGGUCGUGAGGUCGUAGAUCUUACGUUGGACGACUGA